GCUUCAACCGCCGUCUUCGUCGCUGUUUCUCGCCGGAUUCUUCCCCGAUUCGUCUUUGGCCCUCCCACUUUGACUAAAAGGAGAAGAAAGACUGUUGAGAUAAAUUACUGCAAGAGGGAAGGAACGCCCCCCAUCAACUUCUAGAAGAACAACUGUCUUUCUCGAACACUUCACUUCUUUUUUUUUCUUAUUCUAUACACUCUCGUUUCUACCUACUAUCAUUCCAAUUGGCAAGGAUCAUGCCGCUUACUAUCCUUUCACAAGCGCAGCUGCGAUCUCUGCUGUUAUCGCUGACUCGCGAAGAGAUCAUUGAGUUACAGCACAAGCUUGCAGAGUCAUUGAGGGAAUACAGUACCGGAUCCCAAGAGCAAGGCUGUUCAUCAUCCUAUCAACCGCCGAGAACUGCGAUUACUCGAGCCAAUGGCUGCACAACACUGUUUAUGCCUGCAAGCACCGGCCACACGAUUGGGAUGAAACUGAUUUCACUAGACGACGCAGAUAAAGCGGGGUGUGCCGUGGAGACCGGCCUGGAAAUUUCCGAAAACGAGAAGCCCUCAACACGGUCCCGGUCGCGCGCCGGUAGAGGCUCCAUGGGUUCUACUUCUCAAUCGUCCGACACAGAUAAUCAUUCGAUUGCAUCAUCACAGGACGAAGACGAUGGCGAUAGUAGCAACGAGAAUGAUGCUAAUGGUUCGUCGAGCGGGCCGAGUCUUCGGUCGUCGAUACAGUCGGGGACUGUCAACCAGCAGCCCAUCCCGCCUAAUGUAUCGGAGACGUUGGGAGCGUGGCCUGGGGCUGGUACCCGCGACACUUCACCACAGGGCAGUGUAACGUUGCUGGAUGAGGAGAGUUUGCCGUUUGGGUUGAUUAAUGCACAUGAAUUGACGCCCUUCCGCACGGCGCUGACGGCGCUCAUGCUUUUCAACAAGCGGAACCGGGUGCGCACGCUGACUGUUUUCGGGGCCGGAAAGCAGGCUUACUGGCACAUUCGACUGGCGCUGACCUUGCGCGGAUCUGAGAUAAAAAAGGUGUACAUCAUCAACCGGUCGUUUGAUCGAGCGGCUAGGCUCCUUCGGGACAUUUAUUCUCCAGAGAAUGCGAGCUGGCGCGGGGAUGUCAAGUUUUCGGCCGUCAGCAGUGAGUUUGGCGACUAUACUCGCAUUGUCGGGGAUGCCGUCAAUAAGGCCGAUGCCAUUUUCUGCUGCACUCCGUCCAUCCAGCCUCUGUUCCCGGCCGAAUUGCUCACCUCCAACGAAGGCCGUCGCAAGGGCCGGUUCGUCAGCGCGAUUGGAUCGUACAAAGCACACAUGACGGAAUUGCAUCCGGACAUCCUGCGCGACGAGGUGGCGGUGCACACUUCGCAUCGCCGUUUCCGCAAGCAUGCCAAACGCAGCGGAGUCGUGGUGGUUGACAGUCUCGAUGCCGCGCUGAAGGAAGCCGGCGAGCUCAUCCAGGCGGACGUCAAGCCACACCAGGCCGUUGAGCUGGGCGAACUGCUCAUGGUGCGCGAGGCAUCUCGUCAGGACACUGGCGGCGGAGAAGACACCAAGAGUCUGCGCGAGUGGCUGGAACGGGGCAAUGUUAUUUAUAAGAGUGUGGGAUUGGGAUUGAUGGAUUUGGUGACGGGUGGCGAUUUGAUCCAGCUGGCCCGUGAGAGGAACUUGGGAACCACGGUGGAGGAGUUUUAGAUGUGAUUCAGUCUGUAUUUCUUAGAAUGUAUGAAUAAUGCGUGUCUACGAAGAGAGAAACUGGGAAUAGCGUCAAUUUUUCCCAUUUUGUCACGUUGAGCGAACAUGACAUCAAACCCUCGCCUCUUGAUUUUGCUAUGGUAUAGACAAUCAAAUUCAAUCAGUCAAUUCUAAAUUCUCAAUCGCAUGACUUGAAUUCGUGCUUCACAUAGUACCAAUUACUCCCCCACUAGCCGACCACGAAGUCAUAUUGGAGGGGCCCAUCAUCCCACUUUCCCCGUCGCAUAAAACCCCUCUUCCCCCGUCUCUUUUUACUUUCUCUCUUUUUUUUUU